AUGGGCUGUCCCACUCCCCCGACCUCCUCCCCGCCCCGAUCCCGCGCUGCUCCCUCCCCUUCCCAGAGCUCUUCCCGGGGCGAGAGCUGGAUGCUCCCGCAGCGCCCGCUUGUGCCGCAUUCAGAGUCCGGGGCGUGUCCGGAGCAGGGGCGCUAUAUAGGCGGGGAGCGCGGCGGCAUGAGCGAACAGAUGGGAUGCAAGCCGCUGCAGGCCGAGUGCGCGGAGCGCGUGCGGGAGCCCGGCUGCGGCUGCUGCCUCACGUGCGCGCUGCGCCUCGGCCAGCCGUGCGGCAUCUACAGCGAGCGCUGCGGCGCCGGCCUCAGCUGCCAGCCGCGGCACGACGAGGCGCGCCCGCUGCAGGCGCUGCUCGAGGGCCGCGGGCUCUGCGCCAACGCCACGGCGGGAGGGAAGCUGCGCGCCUUCCUGCUGCCCGGUGCGCACUCCGCAGGAAAUUCCAGUGAUUCAGAGGAAGACCGAAGUACCAGUAGCAUAGAAAACCAGGCCUUCCCAAACUCCCACAGGGUGUCAGAUUCGAAAUCGCACCCGCAGCAUAUCAAAAUAGAUAUCAUCAGGAAAGAGCAAGCCAAAAAUACACGGCGCUACAAAGUGGAAUAUGAUUCACAAAGUACAGAUACACUGAAUUUCUCCUCUGAAUCCAAACAAGAGACUGAAUAUGGUCCCUGUCGCAGAGAAAUGGAAGACACAUUAAACCACCUAAAGAUCCUAAAUGUCUUGAGUCCUAGGGGUUUCCAUAUUCCAAAUUGUGACAAGAAGGGGUUCUACAAGAAAAAGCAAUGCCGCCCAUCCAAAGGCCGAAAAAGAGGGUAUUGCUGGUGUGUGGAUAAAUACGGACAGCCACUUCCUGGCUAUGACGGGAAGGGCAAGGGAGACGUCCACUGCUAUAACUUGGAAAGCAAGUGAAGGGCCGUCUGUUCCGGCGCCUGCACGUGGCAGUUAGACAACGCACCAGAGACCUUGGAGGGGCAAGGCGAGCACCACGGACUGCGUCACACGUGGAGCUGUGUGUGUCCUCCCGCCUUGCCGCAGGAGCUGCUGACCCUCGGGACUCUGCAGCUGCACCGCCACUGACACGCUUUGGGCUCCCUAUAGCACGUGUAGGGGCCUCUGACUUCCCACAUAAAAUCUGCACUAUUGAUCCCCAGAAAGAAAGAAAGAAAAAAAGGCACUUCAGAAUGGAUUCAGGGAGUCUCCACUGACUUUUUAAAGAACGGCCUGUGACCAAUUUGAUCCCGAAAGAUACUGUGUUUUAU